AUGGAGGAAAUUCAAGAUGACUGUUAUCCUCCCCAGGAAUGGCUGACCAUCAAAGACCACUCCAAGAGCAAGACGUUUAAUGUAGUGCAACAGUUCAAAUGCUUAACUCAAUUCUCAAAUGCUUGUGGUAAAACAAUUUUCAUUGCUUUAGGUGAAGGAAGUAUUGGCAUUAUCCCAGAAGUUUCUGAGUCUCCAAAGGACCCGUUGUUGCAACUCGUCUCCCUCCAGAAGGCUUUGGGUUGCUGGGAAAUGGAGUCCAUGUUGGCACAGGUGUUCGGGAGGACAGAAAAAGAGCUGCUCGAGCAGAUUCCUGCACAGGUGAAGCCAGAUGUCUGGGCUACACUUCUGGCUCUGAUUUGGUUACAUGGCUUUAAGAUCGAUGUACAGGUUGAGUGGCAGUUUUUGGCCAUGAAAGCAGUGGCAUGGAUCCGCACUCAGAAAGUGGUCAACCACUCAGAGUGUGUACGGGUAGGUAAUGCUCUACUGGGCUGUCAGGUUAAAGAAGAUGCUCUUGGGAUCUGAAGACUUCACCCUCUUACAGCAUCCACACAAAAACCUUGGCAUAAUUUCUCUUUCUUUACUUUACUUAUUUUUACUUACAUUAGCAUGCCUUUACAUAUAAGAUGAUGUUGUCAGUGGAAUUACUUGCAUGGCCAUAAAACACUGGAAACACGACCAGUUUUAGGGCAUAAUAAUAAUAAUUAUUAUUGUUUUAAAAAUAAUAAUAAAAACCCUUACAGUUACAGUAGGGUUACAGCCCUUGCAGCUAAUGCAGUGGGCUGCUCAAAGUUGUGGGCUUGUAAUACACAUUGUUUAUUGUUGGAAGGAGGAUGCAGCCUAUCUAAAUAUGUAAGUUUUCACGAGCAUGUGUCUGCUACUUUAUCCAAAAUUGACUCCUCUAUCCUCUGCACCUCCUACAUAUGUUAAAACAGAAUUUUUGGCUAUAGCCACCACCAUGAGCCUAUGACAGAAGUGUUCUCUUCAACCACAACCACUGUCUCAACCAUCACAAACUCCUACUUACACAUAUAGAAGAGUUACAGCAGCAUACAGCAUGUUGCUGCUCUCACUGAGCACUACGGAAUUUCUGAAGGAGCUCAGAAAUCAGAAAUGUAAAUUAAAUGCCUCAAAUAAUUGUAAGAUAUUGGUCUCUAUUUAGAGGUCCCAGAAAAUAAACUUUGGCAACUGCAAAUGUUUUCUGACUCCCUGUCCUCUACUUUUCUGAGCCUGCCCAGGGGCGUUAUCUAGAAUGUUAAUUAUCCCAAAUUCUUCUGCAUCAAAAAACUUUUUUUCGUGUCCAGGCAUUUUU